AACUUCUCAGUCUUCUUUUUGUAUGGCAGCUGAAGAAGCCGUUAAUGUUUUCUAUGAUUGCACAUAUGAAGGGAGUGUGGACAUUGACUCAGUUACAGAUCCUCUGAUGAGAGCUUCUAUUCUAGCACAGAUCAAUCAUUUUGGACAGACACCUAAGCAACUAUUCCUCAAACCCCAUGUAAAAAGGCGGCCUGACAGAAGGCUUCCUCUUCAUCCACUGAAGCAUCAAAACCUUCUUGUUCCACAUGAAAUACAUAAAAACUCAUCUACCAUAACGCAGAUUGUUACUUACCAUGAGAAGAUUCUCAUUGCUGGAUCAAACACUCUGCUCAAACCUAGAACAUAUACCAAAUAUGUAAAGUGGGGUUUUCCCAAUUGCUGCCUGAGAUUUAUGAACUAUGAUCAAGAUAGACUACUCUCAACCCACGAGAAUCUUCAUAGGGGACAUCAGAUUCAGUGUGCUGGCAUUAGUCAUGAUGGUAACACUUUGGUCACUGGUGCUGAUGAUGGUCUAGUGUCUGUUUGGAGAAUUAGCCAGGAUGCACUCUGUGCUGUAGGACACUUGCUGUUAGAAAAGGUGCUGUGUGCCCACACAGCCAAAGUCACGUGUCUUCAUGUCAGCCAACCCUAUAUGCUGAUUUUGAGUGGAUCAGAUGACUGCACUGUUAUUAUGUGGGAUCUAAGCACCUUAAGUUUUGAUAGGCAGCUUCCUGAGUUCCCUGCACCAGUUUCAGCAAUUUAUGUGAAUGACUUGACAGGGGAAAUUGUGACAGCUGCUGGAAUUCUGCUUGCAGUUUGGAGCAUCAAUGGGGACUGUCUAGCAGUAAUUAAUACAUCGCAAUUGCCAUCUGAUUCUAUACUUUCUGUGACAAGUAGUACAUUUUCUGAUUGGAUGGAUACCAACUGGUAUGCAACUGGUCACCAGAGUGGGGCUGUUAAAGUCUGGAAUGUGGUUCACUGCACCGAGCAAGAGGUUGCCACAAGCAAAUCUAAUAGCAAUGGAACUGGAGGCUUAGAUUUGGGAAGUUGGACCCUAGAGUAUGGGUUGAUGCUCCCCAAGGUACUGAAAUUUCACAAACACCCAGUUACUGCUCUUCACCUGAGCACUGACUUGAAGCAAUUGCUGAGUGGAGAUUCUGGUGGUCAUUUGCUAUCUUGGACGCUUCAAGAUGAGAACUUGAGAACUUCUUUUGAUCAUGGGAGAUAGCAGGAAAAUGAAAAUGUGAUUUUCAGCUCUGUGGCCAGCUAUUGAUUAUGUUAAAACCCUUGGUGGGUUUUUGUUUGAAGUCCUCAAUGGGGAGAUAAUGAUUCUUUGUUAAUGAUGCAUGAACAAAAACAAGACAAUAGGGCUGGCCGGGUAUUGCAACAGGAUAAUCGAGGAUAAACCAGAAAGGAGGAAGUGACAUUUCUUUACAACCUGAUAUAUCGCUGAAAUUGAGAAGAACGGAGGCCACAAGAGAUCUACAUUGCGAACGUGCACCAGUUCGAGCAAACCCAUUUUGAAGGUGAACUGGCAGGCCACAACGUUUGUUGAAUUCUCGGUAAGUAGUGGAGGAUGUUGCUUUUGAGACAUCGCUCCACUGGUUCCUUUUCUGUCAUUGUAAAUAGGUGGAAAUCGUUAACAGUGUCUAAUUAAGUUGUAUAGAAAUAUUUGUUGCGAUUGGUCUUUGCUAGUAUGGACCAAAGCGAUAGUUAAAUAGGUUUUGAGUGUAUUUUUCACGGCUGAAAUUCCUUUUGCAUAAUUCAGGUGGGCGUUACCUGCCUCUUGUAUUAUAAUUCUACUGUUUUUGGAAAUGUCAUUAAUGUUCUCUAGGUCUCUUGUACGAAAUACUUCGCUAAUCU